GCGUUAUUCACGCACCCGCGAGCUCGAAUAAAUCUUGGCAACGUUGUGAAGUGAAAAAAAAAAUUUUUUUUCGGAACUGUGCCUAUUUUAUGAAAUAAACGAGUUUUAUUGUUAGGAGGAUGGUUGCUUGAAAAAGUAUCGGAUACGCUGUAUACAUUAUUUGCUCAGCUCUGACAUUUUCUUAUGAAGAAACACCAAAGAGCUACCAAACUUGAAUUUGAUGUGUUGCCUAAAGAAUGAUUAACUUAUCAGGAGGCGUUGUCUGGUGUUUCAAAGACAACAAAUGGAUCCCGCUACAAUUAUCGUCGAUCAGAUUGCAUGGGAUCCUCACCCAGGCCCAUUGGGCGGCGAUAUCCGAAUUUUUGGAACGGGUGGCCAACAAACAGCUCAUACUUCAAGACAAUGGCUUCACAGAACUUACAGAGAAACACAAAGAACUAAUGUUCAAGAAUCAAUUGAACGGUAGUAAAUUCGAAUUUUCUAGUGAGAAUAAUGUGAUAAAAUUGACUGAUAGUUUAGUGUCCGAAAGGAAAACGAGUUUAGGUCAAAUUCCCGAGGAUAAAAUAGUCGAACAGCCUCGUAGGCCUUCGAUGCCAGAACUUCGGUCAAUAGAUAGAGAUAAUUUAUUUAUUAAUUGUAAUUUACCAACUGAUAGCCCUAAAAAGACUGAUAGGAUUUCUAAGGAAAGCGACGAUUUGGUCUUGAGGUUAUUAAAAAAAUACUGUAAGUACAGCAAAGAUGCCUUGGAUGAUGAUAUUGUCAGUGCCAUUGAAAAACUGCCAGAUGAAACUGUGCCAGCAACAGAUUCGAGACCACCUAGAGUCAGAAAAAUGGGCUACGUUCCUAAAGAAGAAAAAAUUUAUGAAAAUGUAAACGAACUUAUUCUUGAUUCAUUAGAAGACGAUCGAAAUGAACACGUUAUCCGUUGGUUGAAACAACAAAACAGUCAUGGAGGUACGUUUGCCGAUAUCCUUGUACCAUCUAGACGUCAUUCUUCGGUCGACUUUCCCGUUUCCUCACCUACAGACAGCCGGAAAAGUAGUUUGACAGAAAGAAAAUCUUCCUCGUCGGGCUUCGAAAGUCAAAAAUCAGGCCUGACGACACCGUCGACUCCGGAAAGUCGGAAAUCGUCUUGGUGCGAAAGUACAGUGACAAGUCGAAAGAGUAGUGUCGGUUCGAAUAGUUCGUGUUCGGAAUGUGACGAAUCCGAUACUCAAACCCAAUGGCAGAGGUUUCUCAGGAAACAUUUGAAUUCGAAAAAUUCGGAGAAAAGACUAAGGAAACAGUGGGACGCUUGGUCGAGGAAUCGAAGACGAUUAAGCUUGCAAAUUGAACCGACGUGGACAGAACAUUUAGAUUCACAAUUAUGGUAUUUCCGAAAAAUCAAACGAAUCGAAGCAGAAAAAAAACUAUUACUUCCAGAAAACGAACAUGGUGCAUUUUUGAUACGUGACUCUGAGAGCAGGCAUAACGACUAUUCUUUAUCUGUAAGAGAUGGAGAUACAGUUAAACAUUACAGGAUUAGACAGCUUGACGAAGGUGGAUUUUUUAUUGCCAGAAGAACAACAUUCCGUACAUUACAGGAACUUGUACAACAUUACAGUAAUGAUGCUGAUGGCUUAUGUGUUAACUUAUGUAAACCUUGUGUACAGGUUGAAAAACCACAACCAGAAGGCCUAUCACACAGAACGCGCGACCAAUGGGAAAUAGAACGUACUUCGCUCAAAUUUAUAAGAAAAUUAGGACACGGUCAGUUUGGUGAAGUGUGGGAAGGUAUGUGGAACAAUACCACUCCUGUAGCUAUCAAAACUUUGAGACCUGGAAGUAUGGAUCCUAAGGAUUUCCUUGCGGAAGCACAAAUAAUGAAAAAACUUCGCCAUCCGAAACUAAUUCAGUUAUACGCCGUAUGUACUGUUGAAGAACCAAUUUAUAUUAUAACCGAACUGAUGAAAAAUGGUUCGCUUUUAGAAUACUUACAAGGCAAAGGAAAGGGACUCAAACUUCAACAAUUGAUCGAUAUGGCAGCACAAAUAGCCGCAGGAAUGGCCUACCUUGAAAACCAAAAUUAUAUUCACAGGGACCUCGCUGCCAGGAAUGUGCUUGUGGCCGAUAGUAAUAUUGUUAAAAUUGCCGAUUUCGGUUUGGCACGACUCAUAAAAGAAGACGAAUACGAAGCAAGAGUCGGCGCUAGAUUCCCCAUAAAAUGGACUGCCCCAGAAGCUGCCAACUACAGCAAAUUCUCAAUAAAAUCUGACGUCUGGUCGUUUGGUAUCCUCCUAACAGAAUUGGUAACAUACGGACGAAUACCAUAUCCUGGUAUGACUAAUGCCGAAGUUCUCCAUCAAGUGGAGCACGGUUACCGUAUGCCGGCGCCGCCCAGUUGCCCGCCGCGUCUCUACGACAUCAUGCUGGAAUGCUGGCAUCGCGAUCCGUUACGAAGGCCCACCUUCGAAACCCUCCAAUGGAAACUAGAAGACUUCUUUACAAUGGAAGGGUCCGAGUACAAAGAGGCUUCGGCUUACUGAGGAAUGGCCCACCCCCCAACCGACUGGUUGUGUAAUACUUUAGAGUUGCACUAUCAUUGAUUAGGUUGAUGGGAGGUGGUGGUAUUUUUCGGUCUUGGUCUGCUUGUGCGUGGGUCGUUGUAACAUUGAAAGAAAAUGCCGCGAAUUUUUUUUUGUCAGUGUAUUUGGAGAUGCACUUUACAUUAGAAUUUUGUUGUCAAAUCAUAAGAGCUAUAGUAUAAUUUUCUCACUUAAUUGACUGUAAGGCUACCUUGGGAACAUAAGAAACUUAUGUCUGAAAUUACCCUGUGACUGCGCAUCAUCUUAUUCACUAAUAGCAUUUUUACAAAUCGAAGAUUUACAUUGUUUAUCAACUAAACUUUAUUAGGUUUUAAUUUCUUCUUUAGCUCUUAUUGUAUUCUUUGAAUAUGUGUAUUUGAAAAAUUUUCAUGUAAACUGCAUUUUACCUACGUUUUUUUUACCAAUUAUUUUAACAUUCUUUAAAUUUAUUUUUAUACUUUAUGUUUGUCUUUUUACGGAUUUAUAUUAAGCGUAAAAUUGAAUUUUUUAAACAAAUUAUUUAUGUAAAACAAAAAUUGUCUGAUAUUUAUACGGAAAUUUGUGACUGGUUCGUAAUUAAUUGUAUUUUGUAUAAAGAAUUUUGUUUUGUUUGUAACUUAGUGUUGUGCGUAUUUAAACAAUUUGGAAUAACGGAAUAUUUCAUUAUUGAUUGAUAAUCCGGGGGCGGCUACGAUUUUGGGUACUUCUCUUUGAUUCAAAGGGCCUAAGGGUAUAAGAUUUAUAUACAGAAAGGACCAGGCUACUAGAAUGAGAUCAGUUGACUGAUACCCAUUUCACUGCAGGAUCGUCAUGGUGGAUCUUUGAUCAUUCCUGCAAGUUAUUAAAAUUCGUGUAGCUUGGCUAAAUCGGGUACAGGCUAAUUAUUUGUCUGAUUACUCCCUAUGUGUCUAGUAGGUUGGUCCGGUCUGUAUAAGCUUUCUGAUAUUUUUUGACUAAUUUAUUAAUUCAAAAUGUUUAUUCAGAAUUAGUCCUAAGUAUCAGAACUAAUCAGAAAUCCUUGAUGGUUUUUAUUUACAAUUUACUGCGCAUAUUUACAAAACGCAAAAAAAAAACAACCAUACGAGAUUAUGGUACAACUUUUAUGGGCUGAUGAAUCCCGCUCAAUUAACUUUACUAAAGAUAUUCUCCGUCGUUUUUAAUUUGACACUUUCCGUAUGAGGAGCACGGGAGUGAAGCAUAUAACAACAACAGGUGAGAGGUGUUGGUGACCAUUGGAGUUCUAAUGUAGGGAGCCACCAGCUCACAUUCCGUUGGAGUAUCAGAUUAAAAGCGACUGACUGUACUAAAGUUUCUGUCAAUUAUUGAAGUUACAACAUACAAAAUCGUCGCCACUAUUCGUUCUAUAAACCAAUUUACAGUAUUUAAUUGAAUAAUGCACACACAGUGACAAUUUUUAAAUUACAGUGCAUAAUACUAAUUGUUGUUUAGCCAAUUUUAAUGGAUAAAGGACCCUACCCAAAGUAUACGGAAAUUAUGUUUAUGUCAGAAUUGGCUGAAUUUUGUAUAUAAUAUAGAUUACGCCUUUCUGAUUAAAAGUUACCAUUGCACCAACUCUGAAAAAUGAUUCCUUUUUGAGAAAAUUACGCGCCACAAGCUUACCUUUUCACGCUACAUUGAACAUUCGUUAUAAUUUCUAAGUGUUUUACUUGCCCCCUAUAAAAUUAUUUUUUUUCAAAAAGGAGUCAUUUUUCAGGAUUGGUGCAAUGGUAACUUUUAAUCAGAAAGGCGUAAUCUAUAUUAUAUCCAAAAUUCAGCCAAUUCUGACAUAAACACAAUUUCCGUAUACUUUGGGCAGGGUCCUUUGUCUUCUGGCAUAUUUAAAAGCAAUAAACCUCGUUUAUUGUUUAACUCUUUAAAAUAGCAAUAAUUGCUAUUCAAGGCCGUUUUUUACGAAAAGUACACAACUUGAGAUUAUGGCCAAAAAUAAUUGUGACAACGCACAAAGUAGAACUGCCAUUAGUUUACGAGUGUGAACAAUAUUGUACUAAAAAAAAAUGUGUGAUUCGGCUCUGGAGUGCAGAACAAAAAAUUAAUGUGCUAUUAUUUUUACACUCUCUACUACAUUAAUUUGCCUUUAAGCUUCUUUCUACCAACUUGCUUAAUUUCACUUCUUUUCUGAGUACUUACCGUGAAACAGUAUAUUGAAUUUAUUCUUUCAAAUAGAUUCUUAUUUGUCCUGCGCUCUAGUGUACCAGAGCUCUCUGUGUUUCAUGUCUGUUCUGUUCCAAUCUUGCACAAGAAACGACCAUUUUUGGCUAAAGUUGGAACACACCCAUUUUGUACUCUAUAUGUAUGUUUUUUGUUCUUUCAAUAAUGCUAGUUCACAUUCCUUUGUAAGCAUUUUUGGUUUUGCGAUUAUUGUGAUUAUUUGAGAGUUUAAUACAUUUUUAGGUAAUUGGAAAAACAUUAUAAGAAAAUCGUUUCCUUGCUCAGAAAUAUUUUUAUUUUUUUUUUUAAAUAAAAUUACACUUCCUAUAUUUAUAAGCUUUAUCAAAUGCAAUACUGUUUACCUCUUAAAUUAAAUUAUAGAAAAAAAAAUUGAGAGCGUUGUUUGUAUCGAUUAUAAUAUACAAUAUUUUUUGUAUUAUACACUUGUAGUAUAAAGUUAAUAAAUUCAGUUAUAUUAUACUAUAGUAGUUUAUUUUCUGGGUGGGUCUCACCAAUCAAAUAAGUAAGUCUUUGGUAAGUGUCUGUUAGUGAAAUAGCCGCACUUAAAGUAACCGUAACACAAUGAUUUGAAUUAAAUAUAGAAAUACCUGAUGUUAUUAGUUUAAAUGAAAUCUUCCAAAUCAAAUUUAUUGCCAUCAAGAUCCGAUGUGCAUUCCUUUAAUUUGUUUAUGAGCUCGGAAUUUUCAGCAAUCAGAUUAUUACCAGUUUUAUAAUUAUAAGUUUUCAACUUAUUUUUCAGGCGGCUAUGUAAAACUGGAUCUUUUACAUAUUUAAUUUUCUCUGUCGGCUCAUUAUUAUUAGGAUUUGCUUUUAAAUACUCAUUAAAUUCGUCAACGUCCACGUCAAAUUUAUCUUCAAACUUGUUCAAGUUUACUUUAAACUCGUUAAUCGUCUGGCUUAAAGUUUCCAAUUCCAUAUAGUCUUUUUGGACUUUGUUGAACCAACUUUCAAAUACCUUAAUCAAAGUGGUAUAUUGAUGGUAUGCAACGGUUUCUAAAAGAUGAUGUAAAUGGGUCCAGGUUUUUGCAAUUUUGAUACAUUCAAGCUGAUAUUGAUGGUUUUGAGGUAGCGGAUAAUCUCGGCCAAUUCUUAGAUGGUUCAUGGAGUCUUUUAUGCGAUCAGCAAGUGUUGA